AUGGAAUUAAAUAAUGUUACUAUCGAGGGGGCGGCUGCUGUUGCCCCACAAGUUCCUGCUGCUGUCACAACGCUGGAUGGUAAAUCCACAAAUGAUCUCGAAAAUAAAGCAAAUGGUAACAAGAGUAAAGAGACGAACAAAUUGCUAUACGGAAUCAACGAUAAUCCACCAUGGUAUCUGAGUAUUUUCCUGGCAUUUCAACAUUAUCUGACAAUGAUCGGUGCCAUUGUCUCAAUACCUUUCAUUUUAACACCCGCCCUCUGUAUGUCCGAUGAGGAUCCAAAUCGUGGCAUUAUCAUAUCGACAAUGAUUUUUGUCACCGGUAUUGUUACCUAUUUUCAAGCAACAUGGGGUGUCCGACUGCCAAUAGUUCAAGGUGGCACGAUAUCAUUUUUGGUGCCCACCUUGGCUAUUUUGGCAUUACCACAGUGGAAAUGUCCACCGGAAAGUGAAAUAGAGGCAAUGGACGAUGAUUCACGGCAAGAGUUGUGGCAAAUACGUAUGCGGGAGUUAUCGGGAGCUAUAGCGGUAUCGGCUAUGGUACAGGUUAUUUUGGGUUACACCGGUUUGGUGGGGAAAAUUUUACGUUUUGUAACGCCACUGACCAUAGUGCCGACGGUAUCGUUGGUGGGGCUGACACUAUUUGAGCAUGCCGCUGAAACGGCUUCGAAGCACUGGGGCAUUGCGGUGGGAACCACGGCCAUGCUAACGCUAUUCUCCCAAAUAAUGUCAAAUGUUGCCAUCCCGGUGCCGGCAUAUCGGAAGGGACAUGGCAUUGAGUUUAGGCCCUUCUUACUGUUUCGACUAUUUCCGGUCCUCUUAACCAUUAUGAUUAUGUGGGGUCUUUGUGGUAUUUUAACCCUGACAAAUGUCUUCGAAGAAGGUCAUCCCUCGAGAACGGAUGUUCGCUUGAAGGUCUUAACAAAUGCCAAAUGGUUUUAUAUUCCCUAUCCUGGUCAAUUUGGUGUACCUUCGGUCACCCUGUCCGGGGUAUUGGGCAUGUUGGCUGGUGUACUGGCUUGUACCGUGGAAUCGUUAAGUUAUUAUCCAACUGUCUCACAAAUGUCGGGCGCCCAAUCACCGCCCCUACAUGCUAUCAAUCGUGGCAUUGGUACUGAGGGUUUAGGCACCGUCUUGGCUGGCCUCUGGGGUGCGGGUAAUGGCACAAACACAUUUGGUGAGAAUGUUGGUGCUAUCGGUGUCACCAAGAUCGGUUCCCGUCGUGUCAUACAAUGGGCUGCCUUUAUAAUGAUUCUCCAAGGUGUCAUUGGGAAAUUUGGUGCCGUAUUUAUCCUCAUCCCCGACUCCGUGGUGGGUGGUAUAUUCUGUGUUAUGUUCGGUAUGAUUGUUGCCUUUGGCUUAUCCACCCUGCAAUAUGUUGACUUACGUUCGGCACGUAAUCUCUAUAUAUUGGGUCUGUCGAUAUUCUUUCCCAUGGUAUUGUGCAAAUGGAUCCAGCAACAUCCAACGGCUAUCCAGACGGGUAAUGAAACAGUGGAUUCAACAUUAACGGUGCUUUUGGGUACGACAAUUUUAGUUGGUGGCCUGUUGGGUUGCUUUUUGGAUAAUGUAAUACCGGGUACCCCCAAGGAGAGAGGUCUUGUUGAUUGGGCCAACGAAAUGCCUCUGGGUGAUGAUAACAUAAAUGAUGGCACUGCCACCGAUUAUGAUUUCCCCUAUGGCAUGGAGACUCUGAGACGCUGGAAAUGGACGUAUCAUGUGCCCUUCUUACCCACCUAUAAACUACAAAAACAAAGUUGAUUUUCCAA